GGAUUGCACAGCGGUGCGGGGACCAGCCGAUGGAUGGAUGGCGUGCAUGCCACUAUCGACGCGCUAGCCAGGGUCUCGAGGCUCAGCUGCUGCCAGGGUCUUCCCAUCGCCCCCUUCUGUUGUGACCGCGUUUUAUUCCCCAGAAAUCGUGCAAAAAUCCCACCAAGCUUGCAUCAUCCGUACCACUCACCCAUGACCGUUUUCUACCGCCUGGCCGUGUUGGUUGGCGUCGCAGUCAUCCUGCUGGUCCGCAGGGCGCUGCUGCAGUCCCGCCGGGAUCAGAAGCUGCCUCCAGGUCCUCCUCGCCUGCCGUGGCUCGGAAACCUGCAUCAGAUUCCCAAGCGACGGGCUUAUCUGCGGUUCACCGAGUGGUCGAAGCAAUAUGGCCGCCUCUUCAGUCUCAAGAUUGGGCCUGCCACCGCCGUGGUCAUCACCGAUCGCCGUCUGGUCAAGGACCUGCUCGAUAAGAAGAGCGCCGUCUACAGCGCCCGACCGCCCUCGUUCGUGGCGCAGGUCCUCAUCACCGGGGGCGACCAGAUGCUAAUGAUGAACUACGGGGAUACGUGGCGCCGACUGCGCAAGGCGGUGCAUCGCGACUUCAUCGAGUCUGCCUGCGAGACCCGCCAUAUCCGACUGCUCGAGGCCGAGCAUACGCAGAUGCUGCGGGAUUUCCUCGUCCGCCCCGACCAGCAUAUGCGGCAUCCUGCCCGCACCACCAACAGCAUCAUCAUGAGCGUCCUGUACGGCAUCCGCACCCCGUCCUGGGACACCCCGCACGUGGAGUUCCUCAACGAUCUCAUGGACCGCUGGUCGAAGGUUAUGGAGAUGGGCGCGACGCCGCCCGUGGACAUCUUCCCCUCGCUGCACUGGAUCCCCCAGCAGUACUUGGGCCACUGGCGGGACCGCGCCCUCGAUGUUGGCCACCGCAUGAAGUCGCUGUAUCGGUCUCUGCGCACCAAGGUGGCCGACCGGCGCCAGCAAUCCGUAGGUUGCGUGCCCUGCUUCAUGGGCGGGGUUCUGGAAGACCAGGCCAAGCUGGGAUUGUCCGAUAACCAGGUCGACUUCCUUGGGGGCGUCCUGCUGGAGGGCGGCUCGGACACCGGAUCUGCCACGCUGCAGGUGCUCAUCCAGGCGAUGGUGCUUCAUCCGGAGGUCCAGCGGCACGCCCAGGCCGAGCUCGAUGCCGUCUGUGGGGACCAGCGGUCGCCCGUCUGGGACGACUUUCCCCGGCUGCCUUACAUUAGCCAGGUGGUCAAGGAAACCAUGCGCUGGCGCCCAAUCUCCCCGCUGGGAAUCCCGCAUGCCUUGACGGAGGACGACUGGGUCGACGGGCGUUAUUUUCUGCCGCGGGGGACCACCGUCUUUCUCAACAUCUGGGGCCUGCACCAUGACGAUGCCGUCUACCCGGAUCCCGAUCGCUUCAACCCCAACCGAUAUGACGGGCGGACGGGGCUCGCGGCCCAGUACGCGGCAUCAGCGGACUAUGCUGCCCGUGAUCACUACGGCUACGGGGCGGGACGCCGCAUUUGCCCCGGCAUCCAUCUGUCCGAGCGCAGCCUAUUCCUCGGCGCAGCCAAGUUGCUCUGGGCCUUUCGCUUCGAGCCACAACACGAUGCACACGGGGAGCCCAUUCCCAUCGACACGGACCCGAUGACGGGCUACUCUGAGGGACUCCUGGUGGCUCCCCGGCCAUUUGCGUGUCAGGUAACCCCCCGGUCCAAGACGCAUGAAGAGGUGAUCUUGCGCGAAUUCGUCGACGCCCAGCGGGGCGUGUUUUCCCAGUUUGAAUCGCCUAAAGCGUGACCAUUGCUGCCAGAACUCCACAGUUUUAUCUGGGGAUGAGCGACCUGAAACAAUGCAAGUGUCGCUCCACGGUCUUGGGUCUUUUCCUUCAAUCAGGAUCAAGGGCGUUUGCUCAUCGCUUGUGUGAUUGUGUCCACCCAGCCCUCUGUGUUGGGAAUCGGCCCGCCUGGGGAUGGAACCGUGAUUUUGUAUGGCAUUACUUAAAUACAAGAUAGCUGAAAACAGUGAGCGCCAUCAUCCAUUCGCUGGUCUUUCGUGGUAUAAUGGAUUUUUGUCAUUCGAUAACGAGAAUCACGUCCACAUGACCUGUGAGAGGACAAUGUAGGCCUGAGGGUCCGUACUUCCACAGCUUGGCAUACGAUAAAUCACUAUGAGAUUAGUAAAAAUGACUGUCAUAGUGAUGGUGGGACCACCAGUGUUUCUGGUCGCGGAAACGUAUCCCGGAGCGUUUCAAGGGAAAAAAAGCGUGGUGAUAUGUCUAUGUGCUCACCACCGA